CUCUGUACGCUGCGCGUGAAAGCUGAGGUCACAGCACAAGCUCAGUGAAAAUUUCUCCGAGAGAUUGCGUGAGCCUCCAUUUUGAGCACCUAGAAAUAAGGUGGGAUAGGAGAGUUUAUUCCGGCGACCACGGGCAUGCAAACUGUCAAAAUAGAGCGCGUUAGCUCUGUCUCCGAUAUGGACGACUUGUUCAGUCCGCGAAGGCGAUUAAACAGCACACAAGGAGAGAUCAGAGUGGGCCCCAGUCAUCAGGCCAAACUCCCCGAGCUGCAGCCCCUCCCCUCCCCUGAUGGCCAGGCUGUGACCGAGAAUGAGGAGCUGGUCUGGAUGCCUGGGGUUAAUGACUGUGACCUGCUCAUGUACCUGCGGGCGGCAAGGAGUAUGGCAGCAUUUGCUGGGAUGUGUGACGGAGGGUCGACAGAAGACGGGUGUCUAGCUGCCUCACGGGAUGACACUACACUGAAUGCAUUAAAUACUCUACACGAAAGCAGCUACGAUGCCGGGAAGGCCCUACAGCGCCUGGUGAAGAAACCGGUGCCCAAACUAAUUGAGAAAUGCUGGUCGGAGGAUGAAGUGAAACGAUUCAUAAAAGGGCUUAGGCAGUACGGCAAGAACUUCUUCAGGAUUCGGAAAGAGCUGCUACCGAACAAGGAAACGGGAGAGUUGAUUACGUUUUACUAUUACUGGAAGAAGACUCCAGAGGCUGCUAGCUCCCGAGCCCAUCGUCGCCAUCGUAGACAACCAGUCUUCCGUCGAAUCAAGACCCGCACUGCUUCCACGCCCGUCAACACUCCCUCCCGCCCCCCUUCCAUGGACUUAAGCUCGGCCAGUGAAGAUGACUUUGACAGUGAGGACAGUGAGCAGGAGCUGAAGGGAUACGCCUGUCGACACUGUUUCACCACCACCUCUAAGGACUGGCACCACGGGGGCCGCGAGAACAUCCUGCUGUGCACUGACUGCCGGAUUCACUUUAAGAAGUACGGCGAGCUGCCGCCCAUCGAGAAACCGGUGGACCCUCCGCCGUUUAUGUUCAAACCUGUCAAAGAGGAAGAGGAUGGACUCAGCGGGAAGCAUAGCAUGAGGACCCGACGGAAUCGCGGCUCGAUGUCGACGCUACGAAGUGGUCGUAAGAAGCAGACAGCCAGCCCAGAUGGCAGAGCCUCGCCGACCAAUGAGGACCUGCGGUCCAGCGGUCGCACCUCCCCCAGUGCUGCCAGCACAUCCAGUACUGACAGCAAGACUGACACUAUGAAGAAACCCAGCAAGAAGAUUAAAGAGGAGGCUCCAUCACCCAUGAAGAGUGCCAAACGUCAAAGAGAGAAAGCAGCCUCAGACACAGAUGAGCCUGAAAGAGCCAGUGCUAAGAAAUCAAAGACUCAGGAGCUGAGUCGGCCUGACUCGCCCUCGGAGUGCGAGGGUGAGGGUGAAGGUGAGAGCUCGGACGGUCGCAGCGUGAAUGACGAGGGCAGCAGCGACCCCAAGGACAUUGACCAGGACAACCGCAGCUCGUCCCCCAGCAUCCCCAGCCCGCGGGACAACGAGAGCGACUCGGACUCGUCCGCUCAGCAGCAGGUCCUUCAGGGCCAGCACCCUCCAGUUAUUCAGUGCCAGACAGGGGCUUUGCCCCAGACCUCCACCACAACCUCCACCCCUGCCACGUCAGGAGCACCGUCUCUGUCGUCCCAAGUGUCUCCUUCUGUCCCGCCCACCUCCAUGCCCCCUCAGCAGUUACCGCAGGCGGGGCCGCACUCCCUCAUCCAGUCAGGAGCUUCCCUGCACCCACAAAGGCUUCCCUCACCCCAUUCACCUAUGCAGGGUAUGCCUCAACCUCCACCUCCUUCCCAGGCAGGUGCCCAACCGCUACAGCCUCCACUCCACUGCCCUGUGCCUCCUAUGGGUCACCCUGUCCAGGCAGGGCCGUCCCAUCACCCUCACCCCAUCCCACAACAGCCUUUCCCUCUGGCACAGUCUCAGGUUCCCCCUUCGCCCCUCUCCAGCCAAUCCCAAACGUCCUCUCUGUCCCAGCAGCAGCCCCACACGCCCCCAUCCCAGUCCCAGUCCUCCUCACAGAGCAGCGGGCAGCCCCCACGCGAGCAGCCCCUGCCACCGGCGCCCAUGUCCAUGCCCCACAUCAAACCUCCACCCACCACCCCCAUCCCACAGAUGCCAAACCCCCAGUCGCACAAGCAUCCUCCGCAUCUCUCGGCCCCUCCCUUCCCAACAAUGCCUUCCAACUUGCCCCCGCCGCCAGCCUUGAAACCCCUCAGUUCGCUCUCCACGCACCACCCGCCCUCCGCCCAUCCGCCUCCGCUACAGCUCAUGCCUCAAAGCCAACAGCUGCAGCCUCCGCCGGCUCAGCCUCCCGUGCUCACACAAUCCCAAAAUCUCCCUGCCUCAGGCGGCCACGCACCACCUCCGGCUCCGCCUCUUCCUCCAUCCGCCUCCUCGCACGCAGCGCCCUCCCAGUCGGCCUUCCCUCCUCAUCCCUUCAUCCCGGGGAGCUCACCUGUUAUCCCCGCUUCCUCCGCCACCCCCUCCACGGCGGGCUCCAUGGCCAGCCUGCCGCCGCCGCCUUCCUCCUCCAUCUCGAUGCCGCUACCGGCGUCCGUCAGCACCCCUUGCCCCGGACCCUCCACUGUGCCCCCGGUCCAGAUUAAAGAGGAGCCUCUGGACGAGGCAGAGGAACCCGAAAGCCCACCACCUCCUCAGAGGAGCCCCUCACCAGAGCCCACUGUCGUCAACACCCCCAGCCACGCCAGCCAGUCAGCACGUUUCUAUAAACAUCUGGACCGAGGCUACAAUACAUGUGCCAGGACAGAUCUGUACUUCACUCCUCUGGCAGCGUCCAAGCUGGCGAAGAAACGGGAGGAAGCUCUGGAGAAGGCUAAGAGGGAAGCAGAGCAGAAAGCACGGGAAGAGAAAGAAAAAGAGAGGGAGCGAGAGAAAGAGAGGGAAAGGGAACGGGAAAGAGAGAAAGAGGCUGAGAGAGCCGCUAAAGCAUCCAGCUCUUCCCACGAAGGUCGAAUGGGCGAGCCUCAGCUGGCGGGCUCCGCCCACAUGCGGGCGUCCUUCGACCCUCCUCCCACCACCAUCGCCGCCGUGCCGCCCUACAUCGGCCCCGACACGCCCGCCCUGCGCACCCUCAGCGAGUACGCUCGACCCCACGUCAUGUCCCCCACCAACCGCAACCACCCCUUCUUCGUCUCACUCAACCCCACCGAUCCCCUGCUGGCCUACCACAUGCCGGGCCUGUACAACGCCGACCCCGGCAUGCGAGAGAGGGAGCUGCGAGAGCGGGAGAUGCGAGAGAGGGAGAUCCGCGAGAGGGAGCUGAGAGAGAGAAUGAAGCCGGGCUUCGAGGUCAAGCCACCCGAACUGGACGGCCUGCACCCCUCGGCGAACCCCAUGGAGCACUUUGCCAGGCACGGAGCCAUCGGCCUGCCCCCCAUGGCAGGUCCGCACCCCUUCGCCUCCUUCCACCCGGGUCUGAACCCGCUGGAGCGGGAACGGCUGGCGCUGGCCGGGCCUCAGCUGCGACCGGAGAUGACGUACCCUGAGCGCCUGGCCGCCGAGAGGCUGCACGCGGAGAGGAUGGCGUCGGUGGCCAACGAUCCCAUCGCCCGACUGCAGAUGUUCAACGUCACACCGCACCACCACCAGCACUCGCACAUCCACUCGCACCUCCACCUGCAUCAACAGGAUCCUCUGCACCAAGGUUCUGGGGCCCACCCGUUAGUUGACCCGCUGGCUGCCGGACCACAUCUGGCCCGUUUCCCGUACCCGCCUGGAGCCAUCCCCAACCCUCUGCUGGGACAGCCACCCCAUGAACACGAGAUGCUCAGACACCCUGUGUUUGGCACUCCAUACCCCAGAGACCUGCCUGGAGGUUUGCCUCCGACCAUGUCAGCAGCGCAUCAACUGCAGGCCAUGCAUGCGCAGUCUGCAGAGCUGCAGCGGCUGGCCAUGGAGCAGCAGUGGCUGCAUGGACACCACCACAUGCAUGGAGGACCUCUGCCUGGGCAAGAGGACUACUACAGCCGGUUGAAGAAAGAGAGCGAUAAGCAGCUGUGAGUGGCCGAGACAACUCACAGAGUUCAGCAGGACACAGGAAGUCGUACUAGACCAGUCACAGAGAGGAGCCCUGACACGUCCCUCAAACAUUUUCACUUUGCAAAAACAAAGGAAACAGAAAGGAAGAUCAUCUGAAGACUUUUUUUUGUUGUUGUUGUCAGUUUUCUUUACCGUUAUGAACAAUUAUAUUUUUUCUUUUUUUGUUUUUGUUUUUUUUUUUUUUUUUUAAG